UAAUGAGUGUUUGUGUGUGCACCCGCUAAAUCCAAUUAGAAGUGAUUGGAGACACUUGAAGGGCGAAUUCAGAAAAAAAAAUCACAGGAGGGUUGUGUACAAAGCCACGACCGCAAGGAUGAAGUAGAAUACUUUUACAGAAAGAAAACCCGGCUGCUUGCGUGUCAGUCAUUUUUUAAUUUGUUGUUCAAUUCCAUAUCGGAUAAGAUACCGAUCACAUCUUGGCGUUAUCACUGACAGUGCGAAUAAAGUAUUCCUUGUGAUAAAAUAAACAGUGAAAAGCUGAUUUAACACUCAAAACUAGACGGCUCAUGUGUUGUCAAAAUGAGUCAACUUUUCAUUGAAUGCAUUUACUAGUGCCCGCUAUCGCACAGAGACUGCAUUUCACUAAAGUGCCUCACUGCAUCAGCUGCUAUCGAUGCUAAACCCGCUGCAACUGCUACGCUAUCCGUAGCCAUGCCAAUGUUUUGGCCGCUAUACGCUGCUAUUGGUAUCCGCUAUCCCUGCAUCAGCUGGCCCAGCUGCUAUCGAUGCUGAGAUCCGCUGCAACUAUUGCACUAUCCAUUGCUAUGCCACAGCUGUGGUCGCUAUCCGCCUGGUAUCCACUGCACUGCUACUGCUGCUGCCAAUGGAAGACGGCUGUUGUCGCUGUCUAGAACUAUUAUGAGCGGCUUCGACUGAAACAGGCUCUUAUAUAGGGAUGGAAAACCUAUCGACAGUAGUAGGAAAUCAUCGAUAACUCUCGAUAGCCAUUCCAGUCGAUAAUUCCCAUCCUUGCUCUUAUACAGACAAAUAGCAAAUUUAAAAUGGCAAGGUCUAUGAUUCUGUCGACCGUGCUUGGGAAGCAGUCAUAUUAACGACUAAUCAGGUCAGUCGAAUUUUGCGCUUCAACAAGGAUUGACCAUUCUCAAUAAUAUAGCUGCUUGUCAUGAUUUGAACUUGACAAUUUUUGAAUUUUAAUUAUGCGAAAUUUUUUUUAUGCUGAUAAUGAAAGCUUUUCGGAUGUUGUGCUCAUGACUGAAGGAAAAGAUAAUUCAGUACGUUCUGAGACACGGAGAUGAAGCCAAAUAUAUAUCUGUUCCAAAUUUCUUGAAAGUGUAAAUUGAUUCAAGAGAAUAUAUUAACUCUUCAAUUAGGUUUUUAUUUCAUCCUGGAAAGGACAAUUUGUUGUUUAAGUCAAUGUUUGAUAAGAUGCCGAUCACAUCUUUGCGUUAUCACUGGCAGUGCGAAUAAAGUAUUGGGGGGAAAUAAACACUGAAAAGCUUUCCAGAACGUUCUUUUCAUUGGUUGCAUUUGCUAGUGUGCCUGCUAUCGCUCAGGGACAGCAUUUCACUAAAAUGCUACACUGCAUCAGCUGGCCCUGCUUAUAUUAUUGAUGCUGAGACCAACGUCAACCGCUGCGCUAUCCCCGUUGCCACAGUAAUGGGCGCUUCCGUUGCCGUAGGUAUCCGCUGCCCUGCAUCACCUGGUCCUGCUAUCGAUGCUGAGACGCGCUCCGCUAUCCGUUGCCAUACCACAGCUGUGGCCGUUAUCCGCUGCACUGCAACUGCUGCUGUAUCCACUGCUGCUGCUAAGGGAGGACUGCUCCUGUUGCAGUCUAGAAUUAUAAUGAGCGGCUUCGAGUGAAACAGGCUCUUUUAUAGGCAAAAUUGCACAUUUUAAAUGGCAAGGUCUAUAAUUCUGUCGACCGUGCUUGGGAAGCAAUCAUAUAACGACCAAUCAGAGGCCGAAUUUUUCGUUUUGACAAGGCUUGACUAUUUUCAAUAGUACAAUAGUUUGAAUAAUAAAAUUACAAUUAUCUGCAUUUGGGAAGAAUCUUAGAAGAUUUUCCAAUCUAUUGCUGCAAGAAUGAAGGAAAUCCAUCGGAUACUAACCGAUUUAUUAGCAAUUGAAAUUGGACAUAUUUUUCACUUUUUUGGUUUUAGAUUUUCAUUUCACAUCCCUAUGUAGCCGUGCUUCCUGAGAGAAGUAUUCUACUUCAAAACGACAGCACUCAGAAUUUCUUCACACAUCUGACUGUUGAUUCACCCACGCGCAAGUCCAAGAAGCUAAUCGUUCCCGACGAAAAGCAUGUGGUUACCUAAUAAACGGUUAUAGAACGCAUCCAACCAUUUUCGUCAGUCCAAUUCCAUACUUUGCUUCAUAAACUUGUGUACCGACACUUUUGUCGAUUGACUUCACACGAUGUCCAAUCACCAGAGGAAGUUGAAGCAAAAGUGACCGCCAUUUCGUGAGUGGAUUACGAAAAUAGGUCGAGAUCACUUGGGAAGGAUUAUCUCGCUUCCAGUUUCGGCCUCGACAAAUUUCCGCCUGCUGCUAAUCAGCUGAUUUCGACAGACCGGCAUCGCCGCGUCUCAUUGGGCCUUGCCCUGUAAGCGCACCAGGACCGGGUUAUCAGUCACUUUCGCAAGCAUUUUUUUUAGCUGUACACGUACUGAUUUCAAGAAAGAGCCGUCGGUUAUUCCUGCUGCUACUAAUUCGUUCGAUAAUUCUGGAAAUUUUCGUUUCAUUGUUAGACUCACUUCGUUUGUUUUUAACUGUGACUUAUUGUGUGUGUGUGUUCUGCUGUGCUCUAGAAUGAAAAUAAUGUUGAUGCAUGAGAAAAAAUUUUUGACCGCUUUAUGUUUCUGUAUCAUCGUUGGCACAUAUAAAUCACUCAAAUGAAAGAAAUAGGUCAUGAUCAUCAUUAACAGAUUAGUAUAAUUUUUACUAUAUUAAUCAGUAUUGUUAACAAACAUUGUUUACAUUCACAUUUUGUGUUCAGAUUUUUUGCUAAUAUAGAAAAAUUUUUGAUACUUAUGUAAUAAUUUUUUUUAGUUCCAAAAAUGAAUGGGAAAAAAUCAUUUAAAGUUUUUUUUUUGUUUCGUCAAAAAAAUCAGAUUAUUUAGAUUGUUAUUCAAAGGGUUAGCGGGAUAGUGGGCUAGCUAAAGUGAUUAUAACCAAAUAGUAAACGCAAAAACUGCCUUGUGAAAGCCUGAGUUUUUGGCGAGAAAAUUUUUUAGCGGCUUCCCAAUACUUUCCAUCGAAAAGGGGUUUAAAGCCAAAAACUCAAGUUUUAAAAAACAUUCGGUUCUGCUAACUGCAAAACCAUUUCUGAAAAAUCAAAUUGCGGAGCUAAAAUCUUGAUGCGAAAUAUCUUACAAAUCAUUUAUCUAGUUUUCCUUUCUCAACGAAAAUAGAUUAAAUUGGUUCCAAAAAAAAAUCUCAUUGAAAUCCUUGUUGUAUCCAGAAGUUUUCUAAGAAAAAAAACGCAGAUACCAAAUGUUACAGGUAUUCAGUUUGUAAAUUCUACUGAAAAAAUAGGAGGGUGGUAUCCAAGACACGACCGCAUAGUUGACGUAGGACUACAAUAGUUUUAUAUUUCCCUUUGAGGCUCUAUUUGAUUUGAGCUUGUUUUACUUUCAGCACGGUUAGAUUUUGGCACACAUGUGCCUAAAACGAGCGAUUAUGUAUUAUCACAUUUCUUAGUUUUUUCGAUUAUUUCAACCAAUUUAAGCUCAACAUCCUCCAAAAGAAGGGUAUUUUGGUUCUUUAUGUUGCAGAAGCGGACGACCGGAAUCGGUAAAACGGUUCCUGGAAUAUGAACGGAACAUGUGCCGGUAAUAUAAUGAUCAUGAUCUAAGCAGUACUAAGCCUCUAAUUACUCGGGUAGUAAUAUCAAGUAUCUAGGUCGUCAGCCUUAAUUCAUAAAGCGACACCUCAAACGACUUGGAAUUGAAACUAGUCAUUAGUGGAAAUAUCUAUGAAAAAAAGUCAUGAAAAGAGAACCGUUCAUUUUGGCAUGCUUCAAUCUUGGCAACAGGAAAAUUCUGCCGUGUCGUCUUUGGCAAAAUCGAACUGGGUCUGUAUUUUGACUAUUCAUUCGCAGCCCUCUAUUUUAGAAGAAAAAAUAUUCUCUUUAACAUUGAUGAAUACCUUUCAUUCUAACACAGUCAAUUUUCUUCAAUACGCGAAAAGGCAAGCUUCUAUACAGACCUAAAUUGAGUGCGAUUUAGUAGAAAUUAAACAAUAUUUAUUUGUCUUGUGAACCAUGGCUCAUUCUCCGAUCACCAAGCGGCAAAGAUGCCACAUAAUAAAAUUUUCCUGCAGUUACAAGUUCAUGGAAAAAAUAAAGAUAAAGAAUUACAGUUUUUAAACAAAAAUGUAUACUCACAGAAAAUUUAAAAUGGACAUGAGAAAAACACAGUGUAGAGUUCAAAAAUAAACAACGCAUUUUAUCUGCACAAUGAACCUAAUUUAUAUACCAUGCUACCUGCCUCUACCGACACGUACAGAAUACGUCCCCGGUGGCGCAGCGUAUUUUGCGGCAUCCGAAUGAUCAUAUCGAAUUCUGAUAUUUGCUACUAUACGAAAUAGAGAGACAAUUCAAACAAACGAAUCAAACGGCAAUUCGAUUGUGUUCCAGUUCGCAAAGUGAUACCUACGCGUUAACCCAACACGCCGCACUGUUCGUCGACAGCGGCAAUGUAGUCUUCACUUGGCUUGGCUGCCAGCGUUGCCAGGUAUCCAGAUUUUGCUGGAUUAUCCAGAUUUUUGAACAUGUAUCCAGGUAGACAGCUUUGAUGUCCAAUUAUCCAGAUUUUUCAUGGAUGAUCCAGAUUUUAUCCAGAUUUUAUUUUCUCUGUUCCGCAAAAAUGUCAUCACUUCAAUUUUGGCGCGAAAUUUUGCAAUUUUGUCACCUCAAAUUUUGCGUACCCCAAGACUUUUGUUCGAAAAAUUAACCUUUCACCCCACGAAAUGACUGCCAGAUUUCUUCCAGAUUUUUAUUUUGCCUUUUCCAGAUUUUUGAAAAAAUGACCUGGCAACGCUGUUGGCUGCACACAAAUGAAUAUCGAGUUCUACUGCACUGAUAGACGACGAGUAACCAGCGGUCUAUUCAUACAUUGCUCGGUGCAGUACUGUUACCUGUGCCAGCAUCUUUUCCUUCAAGACAUCAGUUUCAAGAACAUUUUAACAGCAGAACGUAAAACUGUCUGAUAGUGAAGGUGAUUACGAACUUUCCGAAAAAGCUUCACCUUCAAGACAUCAAAUCAGUCUAGGCUCAUGGAAGCGAACAUUAGUAGACCUAUUGGGACGGGGAGAUUCUGUCAAUUUUUUUUGCCACUGCUAUACAGCAGGCAGUUGGUGUCUACUCAUGAAGUCUGUGCCAGGCGUGCUCGCAUGUGAUUGAUACAUUGUUCGUGAAAAUUCGACCUUGAAACUUUUAUGAAAUUUUCACUGUUUAGCAAUGAAAUGAUAAUGAUAACUGAGGAAUCACAAAAUUGUCCAUCAUUUUAUCUAUCCAACGACAUACUGAUUAUUGUUUUCCAUCAUGUGGUUACAUCAGUAUCACCGUUCGAAAUCUUUCAUUCCAACGUUACACCUUUAGGUUUUAGUUUCCGCAGAAUGUAUCUGGAUAUAGUGCGGUUAGACGUAGUCCUACGUCAAAAACACAUAAUCAUGGCUUAUAAGCCAAAAAAGGUGUUUUAACUAAAAUGAUCACCGAAACAUUAAAAAACAGUAUGCUUGAUAAAAAAAACACAAUUGCUCGUCUCAUCACUUGAAACUGUCGGGAAAUGGAGACGCAGUUCGUUCUCAAUUGUUUUGGGAUUUGGGGUUUUUCAUUUUAAAACUUGCUCAAAUACUGGAUAAGAAAUUUUUGAGUCUUCAUUGACUAUGUACGCAACUUGUUGAUGUUGUCUGUUUUUUAAAAUUGAUUUUUCGAUUCGAUUGACAAAUCGUACCAAAAUUAAUUUUUCCUAACUUAUAUUACCAUUCGUAGUUUUGCAGAACAAUAACUCCCGCUACAAUCAUCAACAGUUAGUUUGGUUAGCAAUCUGAGUCACCCAAAAUUGCUUGCUUAAACUGUUCCCACAGGCGUCACACCUACACAAGCUUCAAAUACUUUAAUUUGAUCGUUUAAAUUUGGACAUCGUUUGGCCCCAAAUAAACCCUAUUGUGCCGCACAGCACGAGCCCAUUUCCGGGGGCUCGUUCUCAAGGCGUGUGUAUAGGUGUUUCAAAAUGGAUAACGAAACAUUUGAAUAGUGUUUCAAAUUGGUGAUGCUUUCGUCUAUUUGUCGCACUUGCAUACAAUUAUUCAACUGUCGUGUGCUGCUGUCGCCGCUGGGGUGGCUCCUGAUUGUCAUCGGCCAAUUAACCAUAUUGUGGGAUUUAUUGAUUCGAAUUGAUGGGGGAGACGCGUGGCACUUUGUGCGUCAACAAACGACCGUCGUUUCCAUCGUGAUUGAUGUUUUGAUUUUUCGCUUCUCGGCAGGAUCGUCGCUUUAUCGUGCGGAACGGGUGAGUGAAGUGUACUCCAAUUCCAACUGUUGCUUCCAGCGUUAUUCGUACUUGAAAUGGUAAUGGGUGUUGAUACUGGCUCUGGAUGGAAUCUCCUCUCGCUCUCGAGACUGUCGUCGGAGAAGAGUAGAUAUCAUGUUACUUAUGGCAAUUGUCCUUUGAUUCGCGGGAGACAGAUUAUGCGUACACAUUAUAUGUUGUCUACUACCCAGAAAGUCCUUAUUAUUUGAGUUUUUCGGCAGUUUCAAUCUUUUUCGUCACGAAUCAAGUGCAAAUCGCCGGCAGCACACUUGAAAACGGUCGUAUCCGGACGCGUCAGAGUGAUUAAAAUUCGUAUCAAUAAGCUCGAGCGUAGUUUAGUUUAGGUGCACAUCGUGUUGUGCUUACGAGCACAGACUUUUAGCGAAGAAAGGAUACCUAAUUAGAAGAAAAAGUGGAAAAUUCACGCGAAACCAGUACUCGCCAAAAGCUGGCCCGUUUGUCCACAUAUGGCAACAGUUGGAAUGGUGCUAGCAGCACUAUCAGUUUCCCUCGGUUCCAUGGUUGUUGGAUUUUCGUCAGCAUACACCUCCCCGGCGCUGGUCUCUAUGAAGGAUCGCAACAUAACGUCGUUCGAAGUCACGGAUCAAUCGGGUUCAUGGGUCGGUGGAAUUAUGCCCUUGGCCGGUCUAGUCGGUGGUAUACUUGGUGGACCCUUGAUCGAAUAUCUCGGUAGAAAGAACACGAUUCUGGCAACGGCUACUCCGUUCAUUAUUUCAUGGCUGCUUAUUGCCUGUGCCAACCACGUAGCUAUGGUUUUAGUAGGUCGUGCAUUGUCUGGUUUUUCUGUGGGUGUUGCGUCACUCUCUCUACCAGUCUAUUUGGGUGAAACCGUACAACCGGAAGUGCGUGGAACGCUUGGUUUGCUCCCUACAGCUUUUGGUAAUAUUGGAAUCUUGAUGUGUUUUGUUGCUGGCAACUACAUGGAUUGGUCGGAACUAGCGUUCCUGGGAGCAGCACUUCCGGUACCGUUCCUGUUUUUAAUGUUCCUGAUUCCGGAAACGCCUCGCUGGUAUGUUUCUCGAGGCCGUGAUGAUAGAGCUCGUAAAGCUCUGCAGUGGCUCCGUGGCAAGAAAGCCGACGUUGAUCAUGAGUUAAAGGGUAUCAUUAAAUCGCACCAGGAUGCGGAGAGACACGCUUCGAAGAGUGCGAUGCUGGAUUUACUGAAAAAAUCCAACCUGAAGCCGUUGCUUAUUUCACUCGGGUUGAUGUUUUUCCAGCAACUGUCUGGUAUCAACGCGGUCAUUUUCUACACGGUGCAAAUUUUCCAGGAUGCUGGAUCAACGAUCGACGAGAAUCUGUGCACAAUUAUUGUCGGUUUGGUGAACUUCAUUGCAACUUUCAUUGCGACUAUGUUGAUCGACAGGCUGGGUAGAAAAAUAUUGCUGUACAUCUCGGAUGUUGCAAUGAUAAUUACGCUGAUGACGCUGGGUGGUUUCUUCUACGCAAAGAAUAGCGGUCAAGACGUCUCGCAGGUCGGAUGGCUACCGCUGGCUGCCUUCGUGAUAUUCGUUCUUGGUUUCUCACUUGGAUUCGGCCCGAUUCCGUGGUUGAUGAUGGGUGAGAUUUUGCCCGGCAAAAUUCGUGGGUCCGCUGCUUCCGUAGCCACUGCCUUCAAUUGGUCCUGUACGUUUGUCGUUACGAAAACGUUCGCUGAUAUUAUUGCUUCCAUCGGAACGCACGGCGCCUUCUGGAUGUUCGGCUCGGUGUGCUGCGUCGGUUUGGUGUUUGUGAUACUGUACGUGCCGGAGACACAAGGCAAAUCCCUGGAGGAUAUUGAGCGUAAAAUGAUGGGCCGCGUAAGGCGAAUGAGUUCGGUGGCUAACAUUAAGCCGUUGUCGUUCAACAUGUAGAAAGCUAUGAUGAAAUAUCUGUGCGUCCUGUAGAUCCAUCUCACCCUUUGCUUUAUGUUUUGUUUUAUGAAGCAUUAUUAGACCCAAAUGCAACCUCCCAGUUGGUCUCGAGGUACGGUGCUGAUCUGUUAUGUUUGAAUGCCGGCUCGGAGGAGACUGUUAGUAGUAUUCUAUCAGUGAAACGUUACACAUAGCCUUCGCUUUGCUAAGUGGCCCAAAUAACUAAGAUUAUUAUAACCUGGGUAUCGUCAAAACCAAAAACAUACUACAAAACAGUCAAAAUUACGUUGUCAUCAGGAUAUUGUACCAUAUGACCAACACUUUGCUGUACAUGAUCCAGACUCAGCGAAAACCCCCUUGUUAGCCAUUACUUCAUAAUUUUUGUUAUACAACAAACACUCGAAAACGCGCGAGACCUCAGCUCAACAGUUUAGAUUUUUUUUACUAAGAAUGCGUUACCUCAAUAUGGGUACCAUCAGAAGUGCCUGGGCGAUAACUUACUGUUUCUUCAGUAAAUAUGCUUAAAUUUUGUUAAAUAUUACGUUCGAAAUCGGGGCUUUAGAAAACAUACAUGCAGAAAACACAAACGAAUAGUUAAGAGAUUUAAUGUGAUAUGUUGUAUAGAAGAAAACAAGGUAGCGUCUCUCAUAGAGGGCACAGUUGCAAGGUUUAGACGAAGUUGAUCAAAGAUAUAGUGUGCAAUAGUUGAAAACUAAAAACCAACUUUAGAAUAGCGGGUGCCAGUACAAUUGUGCGUGAAUCCAACAUAUUAUUUUAAACGACAACCAUGUUGACAUUUUAAUUUGUGCCUAUUUAUGCAGAUAAUUUUGAGUCCAAUUUGCCGCCGAAAAAACAUGAGAUUGACAACGUACCGCUAUACGACAGUAGUUGUUUGUAAAUAAUUAUCAUUUAAGUUUAUUCUAGAGAAGCCAGCGAAAUGCAUAAGUUCCUUUCUUAUAUACAUACCUAACGUAAAGAAUGAUAAAUCACGAUAACAAAUAGAGAAUACUGAUAUAAACUGGAAAGUAGAAAUUAGCAAACCCCACUUGACACGACAAAAUGCUUGACAUUAAAAUGGUCAAUCUCAGAAAAUACCAAAUAUUAGGUUAUACGUUUUGUAGUGAGUUAACGUUCCGCACGAGGUUGCCAACAGUACAACCUAAAGUAAACGCUAAUCUCGAUUAAUUUUGAUAUAGUGUGCAUCUUUUAACGGCGUCAAGUUUAUCGAAUCUCAGCAGGAAUGAAAAAUAGCGGCAGCAUGGAAAUUUUAUUCAAUUUAAGUUCAACGAAAAUAUAUUACUUGAUAGGAAUCAAUUUUACUAUUAUUAUUAUUAUUUCAUGUAUGAAGUAAUUAUUUAAUGUAUACUAUAUUGAAUAUAAAAUAAUUUAUACGAA